CGGAAGGGGCGGGGCCAAGAUGCCGGCCGGAAUUUCUUCCGCCGGGCGGAAGGGAAUGCGAGGGAAAGAGUUCAGGGCAGAAUUCUUCCUCACAAGAAUUUUGUCAGUUGAGGACCAGUGGCAUGUUGGAGAUCCUAAGCACUACAUGAUGUCUGUUAACCUGCUGAGUUUAGUGAGUUGAAGAAACUGUUGGAGGAUUGCUUUGAUCAAUAUUUGUCAGUUAAGCACUUUGGAACUUCAAAGAUGUCAACAACUCUUUCAGUGCUGCAGGAGGAACUAGAGUCUGUUGACCAUGAACUGCAGGCAUUGGAAAUCCAGAUUCAAGACCUUCUUGAACAUCAGCAACAACUUGUUCAGAAGAAGACCAUCUUGAAGAAGAAAAUAACACAGUUUUCUGGCAUGGAAAGUGGGAGUAGCAAAGAUACUGAAUCAGCAGCUGAAAACUGGAACAAAGAAGACUUUCCAUGGUCCACAAAGAUUAGGGAUGUGUUACAAAAGAACUUUGGCCUCCAGAAAUUUAGGCCCUUGCAACUGGAGACAAUUAAUGCGACAGUGGCAGGAAGAGAUGUAUUCCUUGUCAUGCCCACGGGAGGGGGAAAGAGUCUGUGUUAUCAGUUGCCAGCAGAAUGUUCUCAGGGCUUCACACUUGUGAUCUGUCCUCUCAUCUCCCUUAUGGAGGAUCAGCUAAUGAUGUUGGACCAGCUGGGUAUAUCAGCAACUUUACUAAAUGCUUCCAGCAGCAAGGAACAUGUGAAGUGGGUUCAUGCUGAAAUGCUGUCUCGUAACUCACAACUAAAGCUUAUUUAUGUGACUCCAGAGAAGAUAGCGAAAAGCAAGAUGUUUAUGUCAAAGCUAGAAAAAGCUCACCAAGCAGGACGGCUGACCCGGAUUGCCGUGGAUGAAGUCCAUUGCUGUAGCCAAUGGGGACAUGACUUCAGGCCUGAUUAUAAAUUGCUUGGGAUCUUAAAACGGCAAUUUCCCAACACUCCUUUGAUUGGAUUGACUGCGACUGCAACAGGACAUGUGCUGCGGGAUGCGCAAAACAUCCUGUGUGUGCAGAAGAGCAUCAACUUCACAGCAUCCUUCAACCGACCCAAUCUCUAUUAUGAGGUUCGUCAGAAGCCAUCAUCUGCUCAGAAUUGCAUCGAGGAUAUUGUGAAACUCAUCAAUGGAAGAUACAAAGGCCUUUCAGGAAUUAUCUACUGCUUUUCCCAGAAAGAUGCUGAACAAGUUACUAUGAGUUUACAAAAACUGGGGAUUCAAGCAGGUACUUACCAUGCGAACAUGGAACCCAAAGCUAAGAGCGAAGUUCACAAGCGGUGGUGUGCCAACAAAAUCCAGGUGGUUGUGGCCACUGUGGCCUUUGGUAUGGGAAUCGAUAAGCCGGAUGUGAAGUUCGUAAUACAUCAUUCAAUGAGUAAAUCCAUGGAGAAUUAUUACCAAGAGAGUGGACGUGCAGGUCGGGACGACCAGAGAGCUGAUUGCAUUUUGUAUUAUGGCUUUGGGGACAUAUUCAGAAUCAGCACAAUGGUGGUGAUGGAAAAUGUGGGGCAACAGAAACUGUAUGACAUUGUUUCCUACUGUCACGAUAUGAGAAGGUGCCGCCGAGUCCAGAUUGCUCAUCACUUUGACGAGGCCUGGGAUUCUGCCAAUUGUAAUAAAAUGUGUGAUAACUGCUGCCGAGAAGAGCCAUUUGAGAAGAUGGAUGUGACGGGGCAUUGCAGGGAACUCAUCAAGAUUUUAAAGCAAGUGGACCAAAUAAGGGAGAAAUUCACUCCUCUGAAGUUGAUUGAUGCUUGGCUAGGGAAGGGUCUAUCAAAACUGGGAUUAGAGAUUGCUGCUCCCAAACUUCCCCGUGAUGUAUUGGAGAGAAUCAUUGCCCAUUUGAUUCUGCAACGGUAUCUGAAGGAAGACUUCAGUUUUACAGCCUUUGCUACAAUAUCCUAUGUGAAAAUAGGACCCAGAGCUGAUCUUCUGAAAGAUAAAGCUCAUGUUAUCACCAUGCAGGUGAUACUGAGCAAAAAUAAAAUUGCUAAGGUGAAAUUAUCCAGUCCGAGGACCCCAGGAAAGAAAAUGAAGGUUACAUCCCAAAAACAGGAAGGUGACCCUCCUUCAAAAGAUCAUGUUAAAGCAAAAAAAGUCAAACGUAUGGCUAAUGAAGAGGAAGAUGAGCCUGUGAUCAUAGAUUAGGAAAGUGGCUUUUUUGGACAACUUGCACAUCUUUGCACUUGGGGAGGACAGGCCAGACAGUCAGAAAGAUGAGUUUGGAGAAAGCAGUUAGGCCACCUAAAGUUGGCUGCUGUCAGCUGCUACUACCUGUCUACAAAGUCAUUUUGGCAAAAGAGAUCGCUUUUCUUAGCUUUUUUUUUUUAAUGCUACAAGGUUUUUAAAAUACAGAUAAAAAACACAAGGUAAUGGAACUGUAGGUUUUGAGGCAAGUGUCUUGGGAUACAGGAAAGGAAGUAUAACUUAAAAAAAGACGGCUUUCCAGAAGGAAGGUUCCUCCUUGGUUUAAAAUAUUCCAAUUUGCUGCUGAAAUAAAAAUGCCUUGAAAUGAACGUUUAACAUUGCUGAAAAUGUUCACGAGUAACUUGUCCAUGACAACUCCAAUGCGCCAAGUUUAUUUUGACCGAGUGUCAAAUGUCAAAAGUAAUUCCUGGAAGCCAAGUGACCCAGUGAUUGCCCAUAAAAAUCCACUUCUGGAAUAAAUACUAAACAGGGAGCUCAGUACAGGGUGCUUCUGAUGGUGUGUUUACUCUACCUGCCAUGGCUAAAAGACACAUCUGAAUGGAUUUAUGUAGAAUGAUGUUUCCGGUUUAAAACAUCAAGAGAAACUGAUCCAGUGUUUUUUAAAUGGGGAAGAAUACCUGAAAGCUUUGGGUUCUAUAUGAAGAGGCCCGUCCUUCAUCUGUAUAAAAGACUGUGAAUAUAAAAUACAGUUCCAUUAGUACUAGGUUUCCACUUUUUAAAAUCAUAACCAAAGGAUCAUGCAAAUUAUCCAUGUUGAUGUUGCCUUGAAGAUGUGACUGGUACUGUGCAAGGCUUCCUGAUUAUAUUACGAAAUGAUUAUCUCUUGAUAAGUGGGAAUGAAAGCUUUGAUUGAACUCCAGAUAGCCCUGUACUCUUUUAAAUUCAACUAGUUGUUGGGGUUUUUAUAUGAAGAACUGUAGGCAACAAACACACCUCCAGGAUUUAGAACAUCUGUAAGAAGUUUUAAUUGUGGCCUAAUUCUUAAUAUUUGUCAGUUAAAACCUUUAUAUAGUCUAGUGUAUUUUCUUUUCAAUUUAAAAAAACUACAAUAGAUGUCCUGUAUUAUCACAUCAAAGGCAUUGUCCCCAGAAUAUAGAGAAGCUGCUUUGAAAUUUUGAAGAUUGACCUAAAUGUUUAAAAGGAAAAUGUAGUUUUCCUUGGGGUUUUGCAGAAAAGAGAACGUAAUGGGUACCUAGUGUAGGGCCUUGACUCAUAUCCAUUAUUUACAGAAAACUCUUUUAAGUAUGUGAGGAUGGAUUGUAAUAGUUUAGGCUGGCUAUAAAAAACAGACUGGAUUCCCACAUUGUACUGAGCCCUACUGUAGUUAGCUUGAACAUGAUUUUGUAUAAUGUGAAUGAGGUUACAGUCUUAGGCAAAUAUUGCUCCUCAGGCUAUCAUACCUGGGGGCAUUAAUGUGCUGCCAUCAUAUUCUUUAGGUCAGUAUUUUUCCUUGCCUUGAAAAGAAUUAUCUUUCAAUAUUUAAGAAAGUCAGGAACUAGCAUGCUGAAAGUUAUGCCUGCCUCAAGCAUAACCUGUAUUUUCAAAAGAACCUCUGAAGCCCACAGACAUUUUGGAUCUGUGGGGGGUUUAUCACUGACCAGAGUUUUGUAGGAGGGGCAGUAACAUGCUUUCCAGAUUUCAUACUCCCCUUGGCCAAAAGGUUUAGGGACUCCUGUUCUACAGUAGUCCCUUCAUCUUCCAUAUUGUUUCCAGCUCAGAAGAAUGGAAGCCUUUUCAGUUGAUGUCCACCAGCUGGCUUUUCUCACUCAUGGUCUUUUACAAAUACAAAUCACUGUGUUAUAAAUUAGGGUUCCCAGUGUCUUGGGGCCAACACACUUUCAGACACUUGAAAUUCAGAGAAUAAAUCUGAACUUUUUUCACAGAGCACCAAUUUGCCAUAAAGCAAACUGCUGAAUAUUAAAUCCCCUACUCUCAAUCCCCUCUUCAUUCGGAGGGGGGAGUAAGUGGACCCAUUUUUAAUACUGCUGUCAUAAUCCUCCUCCAAUUUUAUCUGCUAAAUUGCCUGUGGGAUAUUCUUUAUGUUUAGAAAUAAACUUGAUGCAACAGGUUGGCCUUUCA